GGACACAGAGAACGUAUCAACGAUGCUAAAUUAAAAGAAAAUAUUUUGGUUACAGGGUCAGCUGAUAGAACCGUUAGAAUUUGGAAUGUUGAGACAGGUGAAUGUAUUAAUGCUUUGUCAGGAAAUUCAUUUAGUUCGACAGGGGAAUUAUUAAGGGAAUUAAGAGGACAUGUUACAGCGGUUAGGUGUAUAAGUAUAUCAAAAAAUUAUGUUGCAUCUUGUGCAUUUGAUGGUAGUUUAAUAGUGUGGAACCUGGCCAGUGCUGAAAUUGAUGAUAUAUCGAGAUUUUCAUAA